UUCUGCAUGAACAAAAAUCUUUGCUGGAGAACCAUUUUUUCCCACUGCAAAGGAUGGUCAGUACGUAAGUGGGGAAGUUUCUUGAUUUUUUUUUUAAGCUACAUAUUUUGCUGGAAAAUCUUGAACCUCUGCCCUUUUCCUCUGGACUGUAAUGCCGGGAAAACCAUUUGUUUUGCUACAUGGGAUUCUUCAACCCUGCUAGGGGACUCAAGCUACACAUUUCUUUUCUUACUCACAUGUAGAACUUUGCCGUCUAGUUGUAUCUUGCUUCCAGAACUCCAAGAGGAUGGUACGGUACCUGCCUCCUUUCAUCCAAAGGAAGCUUAAAGCCAUUGUUUGUUCUCUCCUCCUGUUAGUGGUCCUAAUACACAUGGUGUUGGACUUGACACACUCCACAGGCCACGAUUCUUGUGAAUGUACCCUCAAAGUAGCAGAUCCUGUGGGCCACCCACUACUUAAUCACAUACCGUCAGUAGAGAACAAGCUGAAUCUGAGGAUUCUUCAAGACUUCAGUGGUAGCAACAGUUCCCUGGAGAAAGGAUUUCACUCAACUGAGCUAUCACACAGAGACAGCAGGAAUAGCACACUUGUCCACAGUCAGAAUGGCGAGCAACAAGCAGAAGAAGAAAAACCAACGUGGACAGGAAGAUCGAAGCUGGCUGCCCUUUUUGAAAAUCCACUCUAUAUGAUUUCAAAUCCCAAGAUUACAAAUAAAGAUAAGUUGUUUGGUGCCAAACCAAAACUGAACUUCUUUGUGAAGAGUAGUGGGAGCAAUGAAAGGGUCAACAGUGAGAAGGCAGAUGCGACUCUUCAAAAACACAAUGCCAGUCCUCCUUGGCUACAUUUUUACAGUGGCAUCAAUCGCUAUGAACUGUAUGCUCGCCAUGACCCUGCUCGCCAGGCCUUGAUGGAUGAUUUGGCCACACAGAAAAUUAUCAGUUCAGUCCAGAAGCCUGGAGGGACACAACUGAAGCUGAUCAUGUCUUUCCCAAAUCAUGGGGAAGCCCUCUUCAAACCUAUGAAGCAGACUAGAGAUCAGGAGACUCCUGCAGACUUCUUCUACUUCUCAGACUUUGAGCGACACAAUGCAGAAAUAGCCGCCUUUCACCUGGACAGGAUUCUGGAUUUCCGAAGAAUUCCUCCAGUUUCUGGCCGUUUGGUGAAUAUAACCAAGGAGAUUCGUGACAUCACAACCGACAUGAAACUGUUUAAGACAUUCUACACCUCUCCAGCUGGCAAUAUUUGCUUCUAUGGUGAAUGUUCCUAUUAUUGCUCCACUGAGCAUGCUUUGUGUGGCAAACCUGAUCAACUCGAGGGCUCUAUGGCAGCCUUCCUGCCUGACAAAGAACUUGCUGCCCGACAGUCCUGGAGGAGUCCCUGGAGGCGUUCUUACUCCAAAACUAAAAAAGCUGAGUGGGAACUGAAUGAAGAUUACUGUGCCAAAGUGCGACAGACCUCACCCUACAACAAGAUUUCCCGACUUCUUAGCCUCAUCGACAUGACCGUGCUUGAUUUCCUAAUGGGAAACAUGGAUCGCCAUCAUUAUGAGACCUUUAAGAAGUUUGGCAAUGACACUUUCUUCCUCCAUCUGGAUAAUGGUCGAGGGUUUGGAAGGCACUCUCAUGAUGAAAUGUCCAUUCUGACUCCUCUCCGGCAAUGCUGCAUUAUUAAAAAGUCAACAUUCUUGAGGCUGCAGCUUCUCGCUACAGAGCCCUAUCACUUGAGCGAUGUCAUGCGUGAGUCUUUAGCUACAGACCACCUAUCACCCAUCUUAUCUGAGCCUCACUUGGAGGCACUGGACCGGCGGCUCCAAAAGAUACUUGCUAUGGUGUCAGACUGCAUGAAGAAGAAAGAAAAAGAAGAAGUGCUGAUAAACGAUUUCAAAGGAGAGCAGUAUUUGAUCUUAGAGAAGCAAGGGAAGAAGACUGAAUGAGGCAAUCACCGGACUUGUUGCCUUUUAAGUGACAUCUCUUAGUGCCUCUUCUGUACUCAAGACUUGCCACAAGGAACUCGCUGGCUGGCUGUACUGUGAGACUAUAGGAACAUAAAUGGUUUAGGGAGCAAUCCCAUAGUAGGCAGGUUUAUAAUCUAUUAGGAAAA